CUAACGACACUUUACACUGAUUUACACUACCCUUGGAUGUUAUGGAAAAACCGGCUAAAUAUUUUUCUAAUAUAAUUUGUUGAUUAAUUUAUUAGCAUUGGUAAAUUUAAUUUUUAAUUAAUAACAAAAGGUAAUAGUAUUUGUUUGACAUAGCCAACUAGUUCUUCCAUCUACUUGAAACCAUGUGUUUACAAUUGUGUCGGGUUAAACAUCAAAUAUCGGUUUGUUUAUUUGUCAUCAAAAAAAAAAAAGUAGAAUGGAGCAGUUUUGUCCAUUGUGUCAAAAAAUUGGACAAAUGAAAAUAAUAAAACAAAUGCAAAUUAAUCCAAAGGAAUUUAUCAUCAUGUGUACAGAACCUAAGUGUCCUUGGCCAUUUGGAUAUGAAAAAAUAGAAAUAAUACCUAGAGAUUUUAAAUUAAUUUCUAAACCACAGAAGAGGAAAGAAAAAAAGAAAAAUACUGUUGAAAUUGAUAAACUGGUACUUUAUACACCACCAGUAACACCAAACGAAGACAGCACAUCAGAAAUUGACAGCAUGACAUUAUUAACAACACAAAAUUAUUCAGCUGAACCGAGUAAUAUUAAAAAAUUAAGUAAACAUGAUAAAAAAGCAUCAUUACCAUUUAACAAUAAUAAAAGUAUAUUUGACAUUGAUGAUUCUACAACUGUGCCUAGAAAAGAAAUAGAUAAUUUAAUUGUCAAAAUGAAUAAGUCAAAAAAUUGUGAUAAUAUUAAUAAGUUAGUGAAUAAAAAAAUUAAGUCAAAUGGCAUAAAAAUUAAAGCAAAUAAACGUCAAAAAUUAAAUAUUACAAAGCAAAUUAAAGGUGAAAAAUUGUACGUUUUGAAGCAAAAAAAUGAGUCAAAUAACAUAGUUAAAAGCUCAACUGAAAUUAGUCAUGAGAAUAAUAUAAAUUUAAUUGAUAAUUCACUGCCAAAGAUUGACAAUAUAAUCAAUGAAAAUACUAUUAAUUAUAAUGAUAAUAUUUCAUUAGAAUUAAAUAGUAAUUUAGAAUCUUAUCAUGAUAUUGAUAAUGAAUUUAAUAUUGAUGGUUCAAAUGCAUUUAUUGGUAUUCCAUCAACAAAUUUACCAGUAGAAAAUUCAAUUGUUGCAUAUGACUCUAAUAUUACAAAUGAUACUUCAAAUAUUGUAUCUGAAAAUUCAAAAAUUUUAGCUGAUAAUAAUUUAAAUGGCAAUAAUGAUUGUACUUUUAGUGGUCUUCAAAAUUUUGAUGAUUUAAUAUCUAAUGAAUGUUCACAAUUAACAACAUAUCAAACUGAUGACACUGAGCUUGAUUGGCUCAGUUUAUGCUCUUAAAACUAUUAUAAAGAAUAUUUGUUCCAAAUAUUUUUAAUUUAUUAUUAUGUUAUUUUGUAAUCAAUGAUUAAUUUAUGA